UAGAUCUUUUGAGGUUUUGUUGAAUUAAACGUUGUGUUAAAAUCUGAGUUUAACUUAUCAACCAAAUUCAAAAUGGACGUGGCGAGCAGAGAAUUUGGCACCUUUGACUUGGUGGUGUUUUCAGCAUCUCUCUUGUUAACAUUUCUGGUUGGUGGAUAUUAUGCAUACAAAGCCAGAAGGGACGAUUCAGUGGCAAACUAUUACUUUGGAAACAGAAAGAUUCCUCCGAUUCCACUUGGGCUUUCGUUGGCGGUUACCUACAUAUCUGCUCUUACAAUGAUCGGAAUUCCAACUGAGACUUACACCUAUGGUAUGAUAAACAUAUGGCAUAUGACUGGAACCUUAAUCCCAAGUGUUUUCGUGUGUAUUUACUUCAUACCGCUUUACUACCGACUCCAACUCUCCACAAUAUACGAGUACUUGGAGAUUCGAUUCAACCGAAAGUGCAGAAUGUUUUCUUCGGCAGCUGAAAUUAUUAAUGCGAUAUUGUACAUGGGAGCCACGGUUUAUCUUCCUUCUUUAGCACUGAGUGCAGUGACGCCAAUAAGCACGCAUGUUGCUAUCAUCCUCACAAGUGUGAUCUGCAUCAUUUAUACAGUUUGUGGCGGAUUAAAAGCUGUCGUUUGGACGGACACUUUACAAUCUGGUAUAAUGUUCUUUGGUGGGUUGGCGUUUAUGAUUAAGGCAACACUGGUGGUUGGUGGAUUUGAUGAAGUUGCGGCAGCACUGGAGCGAGGUGGAAGAAACAAUAUUUUCGAUUUAAAUCUGGAUCCAAUAAUUCGACAAUCCUUCUGGUCUCUGGUUAUUGGAACAAGCACGGACGGAUUUUAUUCAAUAGCUUGUUCCCAACCGAGUGUACAGAGAUUAAUGUCAUGCAAGUCAAUCAAGGAUGCGCGCAUAGCAAUGAUCAUAAGCAACAUUCCAAAGGUCGUAAUCACUUUAAUAACAGUCGGUUGUGGAGCAGCAGCAUAUGCUUACUACGAGCACUGCGAUCCAUUAUCAAGCGGCCAAAUCAGCAAACCUGAUCAGCUGUUACCUUUCAUGGCUGUGGAUAUUUUCAAUUCACUUCCAGGCAUGGCUGGUUUGUUUGUGGCAGGUGUAUACAGCGGAACGCUCAGCACAGUGUCGUCUGGAAUAAACUCAGCGUCAGCAAUGAUUCUAGAAGAUUUCAUUCUUCCAAUCAAACCAUCGCUCUCAGGGAAGUCGCAAUUAUUUGUAAGCAAGAUCACAGGUUUAAUUUUGGGACUCCUGGUUAUCUCGGUCGCAUACUUGUGCACUUUAUCGUCCAACACCGUCAUAUCAUUAAUGUUCGUCUUUCGUGGAACAUGCGGAGGUCCAAUCCUUGGAGGUUAUAUCUUGGGCAUAACCUUUCCUUGGUGUACAAGCUUGGGUGUACUUGUGGGUCAAUUUAUCGGUGCAGCAUUCACAUGUUGGAUUGCAGUUGGAGGGUUGGUUUAUGGAAGGGAUCCAGCUACAGAUGGUGUGCUACCUGUUCUUACCGAUGGCUGCGAGAAUAUAAACUUCACCACCAACAAUGAGCAUUGGAAUUUAACACAAGGUUUCAUGACAACAACUCUCUUUCAAAACUCGACAUCAAUUCAUGUUGAGCACGAGCAUAUGGAAUACUUUGGCUUAUACGGGAUAACAUUCUUGUAUUACUCUUCAAUUGGUUCCAUUAUUACAAUAAUAGUUGGACUGUUGGUGUCUAUUAUUACAGGCGCAAACGACCCAAGAAAAUCGAAUCCUGACGUAUUUGUCCCAAUUCUUGACAACAAAUGUUUCCCGAAAAGCGUACGUCACUUUUUUCGCUUCGGAGUUCCUCCACGGAAAACGGGAUGUGGAAAAGAUGAGAUAAAUUACGAAACUGAAGACGUUGGUGAAAAAGUUGGGAUAAAACUUCAACAAACAAAUCAUCUGAAGUCGAAUCACUCAGAUGAAACCAAAGCAUUGAAUGUUGAUGUGUAAAAUAUACAUUCAUGAGAAUUAAAAAUGCGUUUAACAUCAUUUAGCCCAUUUUCUAAAAACUAUAUACUCAAGUUCCAUAUAUAUAAUUUUGAUUCCCGCUUUUAGCUUGAUUAGUGAGCGUUAUCAAUACGUGAAGCCCUUUCCUAUAUAGACGGCGCAAAAUAAUAAAUACAUCAUUUAAAAAUGUAA